AUGAACAGAAACAACAACUCAUCUUCAAAAAUGAGUGGAGCAUCUUCCAACUAUUCCCCAAUGUAAAACCUCAGUCACUAAGGAGUUAUUUCACCUACCAAAGAGUUCUAUUAGGUCUUCUAAAUGAUGAUGAAUAUUCAAUAAGAUAGACCCAAAAUCUCCAAUUUUAGUACAUAGAACAACAAAUCACAAACUGAAUAAGAUGAAGAGGAACUGCAGCUAUACUUCGAGAAUAUGGCUAUAGAAGAGAGCUAGAAUGAAUUUGACAGUGAUUCAUUUCAGAGUGACAACGAGUAUUUCUCAAGCUUUGAGGAUACUAAGCACAAGUAUACUGAUUUGGGCUAUGGCAAAAUCGAUCCUAACUCAUACAGUUCUGAUGACUAUUGA